ACUUGAACACUUUGAACUAUCGCUACUAGACAUAUCAGGGAAAAGGGUUGCCAUUCAGGAUCUUAUAACCACACUUACGGAGAAUAUUGGCAAGAGCGCCCACAAAAUCGUUUCUGAAAGAUUAGUUCUUGAGACAUUAUAG